AGGCUCAUUGUUUUCGGUUAUGGCGACAAGCAGCUCUGACGGAUCUUGUGCAGCGCCCGCAGAUUUUCAGCUUUCAUCCGAAUUGGGAGUCGUUGUCAGCCGUCUGAGCGUCAAUUUACUAAAGUGUCCGCUGUGCUACAAUACCCGUAAAAUUUUCUACUGUAGACACUGUAUUCACAAUGGGGAUUUCGUACAUUCAACUUCUGUUUACUCUGAACGGUUUGCGGAUAAACAGUUACGGUUGCUACGGUUGAAAGCCGCAAAGUCCCAGCUUGAAGAAAAAUGCAUGAAAACCCUGGAAAAAAUUAAAUACAAGGACAAACUGAUAUGUGAUAUCAAGACCUGUAAAGAUCGAAUCAGGCUAGUCCAGUCUUUGGUGAAUGAGACGAAGCAAAAUAUAAACACAGGUAAUCAAAGAUUAAACAUCCUUAAAGAUGUUAAUGCGCAAUUGGCAUUAAGAUUGCCAAGGCAUGAGGACCGAGUAGAUAAAUUGCAACGAUACGUAAUAGGAAUAAGGGCGAAGCAAGAGAAGGAAAGGGAAGCUGUUGAGAGAAAGAAGCAGUUGCACAAAAAAGUUGUUAGGAUGGCUACCCAACAAUUGAUUGAUUAUAUUUUUCCCAUAUCGCAGAUAAAGCCCAGCCGAAGUUUGUACAGCAGCGAAGAUGAGAGUGUCUGUGGAGACUUGGUAAGUUGCGCACUUGCAGAUGCUUCCAGGACAUCUUACGUUAGGGGCAGGUGGGUUAAUGACACUGAGAAUAGCCUGGAAAUGCAACAUUGCAUUGUAGCCCCAACUUUACCAGGAACCGGAGAUUAUUCUGCUUAUUCGGUUUGGGUGGCGGCCAACAAAGAUGGUGUACCAGGAGGAAACAAAGAAAACGCUAUGCACAAUCCGGGCUACAAUAUUAGCGCAGCUCUGACUUAUACAACACAACUCGUUAAUGUUCUUGGAUUUUACCUGGAUGUAAAAUUACCAUAUAAACUGCCCUAUAGUGAUUUUUGCAGCAAUGAAAUGACGGACCAAAAAUUUGCCAGAAAAGUGGCCAGGCUCAAUAGCAAUGUACUGCACUUGUGUUUUACACAAAAUACAAAUCUUUCGUAUUUACAUCCCACCCACACAUUGCAGAACAUUAUGCACUUGCUCAAUACUGACAUCAGCAAUCUUGGAAGAACUGGUCCAAUCGAAACGGAUUUACCAACUGCUGCGCUGAUGCAAAGUCAACUGAUUCCGGAUUUAGAAGCUAGCGAUGACUCCGCUUCAGAUGACGAGGAAGACACUCCCAAUUGGGAAUGGGAGGCUGUACCACAUGUUAUUUGCCCCGAGAUGAUGGUGCCAAUUCCAGGGGGAAUGAUGGGCCAGCAAUCAUCGGCAAGCAUGCAGGUGAACCAAAGUGUGGCCGGUGGACUUGUGACAAGUGCAGCAGCUAGCAUAGCCUCGCUAUGGCGAGGGUGGACUGCCAAUAAAUAGAUUAUAAAAGGAAAAAAAUAGGACUCACCACAAGUGAGUUGCAGGAAAUAAACCCAAAUAGGUUUUUCCUGCUUUGAGAGAAAAUGCCUCAGUGUUUUUUGAGGAUAUUUCUCUCACGAAAUUGUGAUGUUUGCUAAAUAACCGAGCACAUCAGCUCUUGUUAUACACGUGGAACAUUAGGCACAAUAUUAUUCUCUUCUGUGACAUGUGUCUUUUAGAUUUGUAAAACAUUUUUUUAAUUUUAAAUUAAGAAACAAACAUCGCUCACACGCUGCAGCUAUGAUCAUUAAUGAAUUUUUUAAAAUGUAUUAAUUAAAUAUAUUUUGUCUCGGUACACAAAAAAAAAAAAAAAGAAAAAAAAAAUUUCCCUCCAGUUGCCUUUGGCUAAUGAGCUAUCUCGUUGGCAUCAUUAGUAGUAGCUCACCGUGUGAAGCUAUGUUUAAAUAUCCGUAGCAAUGGUGCUACUUGCAAUUAAGCAAAUAUCCUAAACGUACAAUCGAAGUGUGUUCAGCCAUAUCUCCUUCAGUUAACAACUGAUGAUAUGUAAGUUUGCUACUGUCAAACUCUCUUCGAACUCACGUACGUUGUUUUAUUUUAUCUUUUUCGACAUUGUAAGUUUUUCAAAAAAUUUAAUUAAAUAUAAUCCACAACAUUUAUUGUAAAUUUUAGUACAAUACCGCGAUCUUACCUACUUGUAAUAGGUUUGUAUAAUUACUAGGUAUUAUUUGAUUGUAAAUUAUUAUAAAACAUAAAACUUUGCAAAAAAUAAAGAAAUAGAUAAUUAUACAACAAAAAAAAAAAACAGAGAAAAGUAAAACAGUAUUCAUUCAGCUCUCUUUAUAAAGUAUGACUUGUGAUUCUUUACAAUAUUCGCUUGUUAGGGCUGAAAUUUGACAUGCACGUGUAUGCGUCAAAAGAAAUGAACGAAUUGCUUAGCCUGCCAUUUUGUUUUGCAGUGGAAUCCAAAGUACUGGAAAUCCGAUCAAAUUGAGUGAUGGGUAAAGUAUAAGUCAGACUUAUAUGAAUAAACGUUUGAUAAUUUAUUUGAUAAUAUCCAUGAAUCUUUAGUUCAGCUUUCUGGUAAUAUACUACAAUAUUGUUAUGAUGUUAGCUGAAUUUGCUAAAUAGAGCUAAAUUAGCGUUGUUAGUUUAGUAUAGCUUCUUUUUUCUCAUCUCACUGAAUAAGAACGUUCCUUAUCGUUCUUUAGUAAAUUUUAUGUGGUGCGCAAUGCCUUCAAAUCCACUAGCAAUAGAUUGUACGCCUAUUUCUAAUCACUAUGAAAUAUUUCAGGUUGAAAAUUUUAAAUCAAUGUACUUAGGUAUAUGAAUUCUGUACAUUGCAAAUUCUGCAAUUGUGGAAGAAUCUUAUGAAAUAAUUCACUACGAAACGAUAUUCAACUUAUAAUAAUUUUCAGUUUUAUAUGAUCAUCCUGAAGAUCAUUAUGACAUUACAGAAAUUUUUUCCAAAUUUCAUCGAUAGACAAAUGUAAAUAAUUUUCAAUUAUGCUAUAGUAGUCAGAGUACAUUGAUUUGUACAAUAGUUAUUUUUACAACGUAAUACCUAAACCUGUAGCCAAAGGUAAGAUCAUCAAUAAUUAAUGAAUAAUAAACUCAAUUAUACGCUUUAUAAUUCUUUAAUAAUCGAAUGAAUGGUUAGUUUGCAUGUGUGAAAAGUUUCUUGUUUCGUUACAUUAAUGAAAAAUACAUAAAAAAUGUACCUGGUUGAAAAUACGUAUAAAAGUAGUA